AUGGCCAGCAUCACCCAGCUGUUCGACGACCUGUGCGAGGCCCUCCUGCCACGCGCGAAAGCUCACCUGGGUCAGCGCCGCGUGAGUCGGCAGAGGGCAAAGCGGAGCCUCAAGAGGGUGGCCUACAAUGCUCUUUUCACGAAUCUUUUCCAAGAUGAGACUCGGAAGCUGCAGCCUGACCUCGCAAAGCUCCCGGUGGAAAACAAGGUGCUCAUGCUGUCCUUUGACUUGAGGGUAGGUGGCCUGGGCCCCGAGGCCGACCGUUUGGAGGAGCUUGUGGAGACACUGGUCGCAGCGCCUUGCUGUCCGCUCGCGGAGGUGGGGUCAGUUUUGGACCUCCUGGUUCGGCUGGCCGGGACCGGGCCCCCUCAAGUCCUGCGGCGCCGCCGGGACUACUUCUUCAACAACAAGCACGUUGGGAGGAACGUUCCCUACGGAGGCUACGACUGCUGUGAGCUGAGUGUGUUUGAGAUGGACGUUCAGUCUCUGAUCUCCAGAGAGGAGCAGUUGUGUCAGGACAUGAUCCACAAAGCACUUCAGGUGAUGGAGGCCCCGCCCGGCACUGGCCUGCCCUCUGUUGGGCUCUUCUCAUAUGGUGACCCCUGUGGUGACAGGUUUGAGAGAGACACCCGGGUCUCGCUCUUCGGAGCCCUUGUGCACACUCGCACGUACGACAUGGAUGUCCGGCUGGACUUGCCACCGGUGCCAGACAGCGCAGAACUGUCUGGACUAGCCAUCAAGGUUCCUCGGAGCGUGGAUCAGUCUGAGGAUGAAGGCUUCCAGUCAGCGUCCAACUUGACUCCCGACUCCCAGUCUGAACCGGGCACGACUCCCGACAUCGACCUGUGGGAUGCUGUGCUCACCUAUGAGGCUAGUAAGCGGAGGUGCUGGGAACAGGUCGGCUGCCCCCCAGGCCACAGAGAGGAGCCCUACCUCACUGAGGCGGGAAGGGAUGCCUUCGACAGGUUCUGCAGGCUCCGCCAAGGGGAGCUGCAGGUGCUCGGCGGGGGCCUCCUGCAGGCCGCGCGGCCCGUCCUGGUGAAGGAGCACGAGCUGGUGAAGGAUGCCCUGAACGUCCUGAUCGGGGUCGUGUCUACCACGUUCCCCCUCUGCCAGCUGACUCAGGCCUUCAUGGUGAAGCAGGGCGUCCACGUGUCGGGGACGUCCCCCGACAGCAUCAGCAGCCUCCUCUCGGAGGUGGCCGAGUGCGGGACCCACUACGCACGCCUGAGCCACUUCUCCCUGCAGCCCGUGCUGGACUCCUCGUGCAGCGAGGGCCUCGUGUUCCAGGCCUUCACCAGCGGCCUGCGGCGGUACCUGCAGUAUUACCGGGCCUGUGUCCUCUCCACCCCGCCCACCCUGAGCCUCAUUGCCAUCGCCUUUCUCUUCAGGAAGCUGGGCCGGCAGCUCAGGUACUUGGCCGAGCUCUGUGGUAUAGGCACCUGCGGAGAGCCCAGGGCCGCGUUCCCCACCGGGGUGAAGCUGCUCUCCUACCUGUACCAGGAGGCCCUGGACAAUUGCAGCAACGAGCACUACCCGGUGCUGCUGUCCCUGCUGAAGACCAGCUGCGAGCCCUACACACGGUUCAUCCAUGACUGGGUGUACAGCGGGGUCUUCAGAGACGUUUACGGCGAGUUCAUGAUCCAAGUGAACCAUGAGUACCUGGGCUUCAGAGACAAGUCUUACUGGACGCAUGGCUACGUGCUCAUCUCCAAGGAGGUGGAGGACUGCGUGCCCGCGUUCUUGAAGCACAUCGCACAUGACGUGUACGUCUGUGGGAAGACCAUCAACCUGCUGAAGCUCUGCUGCCCGCAGCACUACCUCUGCUGGUCCGACGUCCCUGUGCCCCGGAUCUCGGUGAUUUUCUCCCUGGAGGAGUUGAAGGAGAUCGAGAAGGACUGUGCUACUUACGCAGGGCGGAUGGAGAGGGUGGCUCGCCACAGCUCCGUCAGCAAGGAGGAGAAGGAGUUACGAAUGGAAAUUGCAAAACAAGAGUUAAUUGUGCAGGCCCGCGAAGCUGCGUCCAGAGUCCUGAGCGCGUUGAGCGAUCGGCAAAUGUCUGAACGGAUGGCCUCGGACGCCCGGAAGCGAGAGCAGUUCCAGAGGCUGAAGGAGCAGUUCGUGAAGGAGCAGGAGCGACGCCGGGCAGCCAGGCAGGAGGAGCUGGCCGACGACUUCAGCUAUGCCCGUGAGCUGCGCGACAGGGAGCAGAGGCUGAAGGCCCUGGAGGAGCAGCUGGAGCGGAAGGCGAGGCAGGCGCUGGUGGACCAUUACAGCAAGCUGUCUGCGGAGGCGGCCCGGCGGGAGCAGAAGGCACUGUGGAAGACGCAGAGGCGCAGGCUGGCGAGCGCCCGGCUUCGUUUCCUCUUGGAGGACCAGGAGCGCGUGCAGGCGAUGCUGAUAGACGUGUCCGAGGGGAAGUCCCUGGAGCCGACAGCCAUCCGCCCGAGGGCACACUCCCAGGCCUCAUCUCUAGGCCCCGAGCAUCCUGAUGGAGGCAGCAGCUGUGACCCUGGGUGUGCAGAGCAGCGUGUGGCUGCCCAGGACGGCGCGAGCAGGCCGACACCACAAGCCCUAGAGCAUGCUCCAGGAGGGGCCUGCGGCCUGGGGCAGGCGAGGGUGCCAGGGCCGUUCUCUGCAGAUCUCAGCCUCCAAGACUUCCUGCCCCCUGGCCAAGGGGCCGAGCAGCCUGCACACACUGCUGCAGCUGCCGUGCUGGAGGCUCUGCAGACCAUCGGCUCAGACCUGCCUUCCUCGGUUCCAUCCACAGCAGUGGGCACCGGUCCCUCAGGACCACAGGAGUACGAUUUCAGGACCGUCCUGAGGCCAGCUGUGGUCCCUUCGGCCUCCCCAGGGUCCCUCCAGACUGUAGGAGGUAGAUUGGGUUGUGAGGGAUUGCAGCUGUGCGGGGACACGCACGUGCAGCUGGACACAUGCGUCCCGGAUGAGCAGGUGGCUCUGCCUUACCCACACUCACCCAGUAACAACUGCCCCCAGGAGGGAAGCAGCCAGGCCAUGGGGCACAUGUCAGAGGGUGCUGUUCCCUCAGGGGGUUAUGCUUCCAGGAUGGCCAGUUCCCGGCCACGGUGGAAUGUCCACGGACACGUGUCUGACGCCAGCAUCAAGGUCGGGGAGAACGUGUGGGACGAGGUCCCCACUCGGCCACGGUGGAAUGUCCAUGGACACGUGUCUGACGCCAGCAUCAGGAUCGGAGAGAACGUGUGGGACGAGGUCCCCACCCGGCCACGGUGGAAUGUCCAUGGACAUGUGUCUGAUGCCAGCAUCAGGGUCGGGGAGAAUGUGUGGGACGAGGUCCCCAUCCGGCCACGGUGGAACGUCCACGGACACGUGUCUCAGUCCCACAUGAUGCUGGGGUUGCUCUCAGGGGAAGCCCAGCCUGCUGAGGCCAGGCCCCGUCAGCACUCCCCUGAUCACUUGUCCCUGUUAGGCGUCAGCCUAGGAGCACAGAGCCCUGCCAGGGACAGUGUGCCGGGGCUGCCCACAGAACUGGCUUCAGAUGGCUCCUGCACUCAAGUAUCUGGCUCCGGCCCCAAGGAGGACAGUGGCCCCCAGGCCUCACCGUCUGCUGUGGCUGCACCCGGUGCUCUGGGAGACAGCAUCCCUGAGGAGCCAGGAAGGAAUGGGGACAGCGAGGACCUCUCUCCAAGUUGGCCUUCCAAGUCCCAGGGAAGCGUGGCCACCCAGAGCAGCCCAGGCUUGGAGGAGGAGGAGGAGGCAGCUGCAGCGGCCCAGGCCCGGGAGGAGGCCUACCUGGCAGGCCUGGCAGGGCAGUACCGCCUGGAACAGUACCCAGACAGCUACGAGGCCAUGUCGGAGCCUCCCAUCGCCCGCCUCCUUCACCAUGGGCUCCCACGGGCCUUUGCCCUCCCUGAGGACUCCCGGGGCCAGUCAGAUGCGGAUGAGACUGCGGUGCCGCUGAGUGAGCUGCUGCCGCUGCCAGUGCUUAUGAAACACUCGAUCACAGCCCCUCUGGCCGCCCAGCCCCUCCCGCCAGCAUCUCCUUGGUGAACAAGGCUGUGGUGGACUACUUCUUCGUGGAGCUGCGCCUUGAGGCGCACUUCGAGGCCCUGCGGCAC